ACCUUCUUUUCAACCUUCAACUUCUUGAUAUGCUCAUCAAGCCAACCAUGGCUUCUCCCCUUGAUAUCGCCCAGUUUCGUCAAGUCAUGGAAGCAGCCGCCGACCAGCACGCCCGGUCCUACAGCAGCUCCCUGGCUGUCUUUCAGGUGGGAGGGCGAUAUCACCAACCCUACAAGAGACACAGGAAACUUCCAGAACAUCCUCCAGGCGUUCAGCCUGCCCAAGGCAGAGGAACUGGUGAUCGCAGAAUCGGACAGAAUGCCGGGGUUGGCUAUACGGGAUAAGCUAGACAACAUGCUCACGACAGCGGUUUCCAGCAGCGGUCGCACCCUGGUUCUUGUACACUACGCCGGGCAUGGUGAGGAUAUUGAAGGCGAAUUACAUUUUGUCGGGCCUCCAGGCCAUUCGCGCAGGGAGCGAACGAUCAGGGCCAAUCGCUGGAUAUUUGCCGAGGUUGACAUGGAUGAUUCUUUUCUCGGGCCGGCUGACCUCGUCGAUGCCAUCUUCUUUUUCGACUCGUGCUAUUCGCACUUGACUACGCGAUCGCCCGUCCGCAGCCGUGUCGUCGAGGUUCUGGCUGCUGUGGAUGCAAGUGACCCUUUCGCUUUUCCGCCGAGGACCAGACCAUCCUUUACCGCGGAGGUUGCAAACGAGAUUGCUUUUCGAAAAGCACGAGGAGAUCGAGUUGUUGAAUUUGCAGAGCUGGUUCAAUUUCUUCGAGCCAGUUCUGAGGUGAAACCAAUCUAUGCCAUGCGAGUUGGGUUCAACUCGACUCGAUUGACAUUCCCUGAUAUUCUCACUCAAAGCACACCUCAAUUCCCUUCCUUACAGGCUGUAUUUUCAUUCCAUGUAUACAAUGCCUCGUCCGAUGAUAUUGCAGAGUAUGUAGUAUGGACACAAACACUACCACCGGAUAUUGGGCUGUCAUCAGAGAAUACCUAUGCAACGAAUUGUGAUGGCGUUUGUCUGAUUCUGCGGUCUUCGUAUGCUUUUUAUACUAAGCUGGCUGGACUGCCCGGGGUGCAGCUGGUGUGUGAGACCAGGUAAUCUAGCUGUCUGUCAAUGGAGGGAUACUUGAAUUGCUACUUCAACCCGUAUCUAAUUAUAAAAUUGUUGAUGUUCAUUUCCGGAUAUCCGCCCGGCGUGGAGUCCGCGGAGUCCGCGGAAGCCACGGAAUGCACGGAGUGCGU